AGUCGUCUGCAGUGUUUUGAAAACAGCAAUAGUGAUUUUUCUCGGUUUUACCCUCAAAAAUCCGUAAAAAAUGGGUCGUAGGUCAAUAAAUACCACCAAGAGUGGUAAAUACAUGAAUCCUACAGAUCAAGCUCGAAAGGAGGCCCGGAAGAAGGAGCUGAAGAAGAACAAGAAGCAGCGGCAAAUGGUCCGGGCGGCAGUGCUGAAGGGAAAGGAUCCCUCCCAGAUUAUCGAGGAGAUGGAAAAGAUUGAUGAGAUGGAAUACAACGUGUAUCAGCCCUCACCGCUGAACGAGAAAGUCCUCAAGGAGAAGAGGAAGAAGCUGAAGGAGACUUUCGAUCGUGUCAUGCGACUAUAUCACACGGACGAUCCGGAAUUGUGGGCAGAGCUGAAGCGGAAGGAAGUGGAGUAUGAGAAGAGGCGGAACAAGAAGGUGCAGUACUAUGAGAGCGUCAAGCAUGCACAAUCUGUGCAAAUUGAUGACAUUCCUCUGCCACAAAUGGCUGAAUCGGCGCCUUCUGUUCCCUCUCAAGGCGCUGGGAGCAAUUUUAGUGCUCAAAAUCGUAUUCCACUGCCGCCAACUUCUGCCCAAGUUGCGCCCUUCGUGCCCAAUGUCCAACAGAGCAUCUUGAAGAAACCACCCGAAAGCAGAGAGGACAAAUCAGCACAGAAAACGAAGAAAGACACUCCUGGAUGCCCACCUGGACCGCCGCCAAAUCUCUUGGACAUGCGAGAAUUGGACGAGGAUUACGAUGAGGAGCCAAAGCCUAAGAAACUGAAAUCUAUACGUUUCUCCGACGAGCCGAAAGUGAAAGAGAAGUUAUCUGAACCGUCUGAGGAUGACUCAAUGAAGCCCACGUCUCUGCAACAGAGGAUACUGGCUCUCUCAGGGCAGAACAUUGAUGAUUUCAUGAAGGAGAUGGAGAGUGUCCAGAAGAAGAAGGAGCAAGAGAAGAGUGUCGAAUCUGAAGGGAAUUCAGAGAAGCAGAAAGAAAAGGUUUCUGAAGUUAAAGAAACGCCAGUUAAUCCUCCAUCACUUCAUCCGCCGGGAAUCUCUCUUCCUGGCGGACCACCACCUCCUCCUAUUGGUCUUCCUCCAGCACAGAUCUUCAGACCACCUCCUCUGCGUCCUGGAAUGCCUGGUAUGGCCAUUCGCAUGCCUCCUGGACCGCCACCAGGGCGCCCGGGCCUUCCGCCUGGCCCACCACCGGGAAUGCCGCCACGGCUAGGCAUCAGGAUGCCUCCAGGUCCACCUCCGGGAAUGCCACCGCGCCACGUGAAGAGUCAUCAUCAUCAGAAUCCGAUGGGUGGCAAUAUUCUGUCAGCUGGGCCUCAGCUGGUAUCCUCCAAGGAUCCAAAGAGCGCCACGAUCACGGCCAAACCGCAGAUUCGUAAUCUCAGUGCCGACGUGACGAGAUUCUUGCCGGCUGCGCUGCGCGGGAGGCGCGAGGAGAAGCAGAAGACGAAGACACAGCAUGUGCAGCAUCCGCAGUACAGUCAGUUUUCGCACGUGCGAGGCCCUGAGCAGAUGGGACAGAUGCAUCCGAGCAUUAUCGCGCCGGCGACUGGCGGGCCGCCGGUACAGAAGAAAGGACCGACGAAGGAUGACGCUUACAUGCAGUUCAUGAAGGAAAUGCAGGGAUUGCUUUAGAAGACGUGACAAAUUGUGAAUGAAAGUGUAGUCAACGCAAAUAAAGAUAAGUCAU